GUCGUCAAGGUGCAAGUCUAUUGGCGUCACCGACUUGACGCGAGCGUGUAUCUGGCCGAAAACCCUCCUGCUCAAGAAUUUUGUAUGGGUUAAGGAGGGCUCCGGUCAAAUCCUCUCCCAAAUCCCUAAUUUCGUCGUGCUUGAGCUUUUUUCCCCCAUUCGGUUUCUCCAGUCUGAUCUUCGUUUCCGUAGAUAAUGAUGCAUAAUUCAAAUGACGAUUCUGAGUUUGAUGUCAGACCAAUCGGAAUGCUUGUUCAGCGAAGAGACGAAGGUGGCUCCGACAACCUUCAUCAGCAUCCGGACAACGCUUCCGAAGGAUUCGGUCCGGCGAUCAGGAUCGGUGUCUCUCAUGGCUCGUCGCAGCACGAGCUUCAGGUUUCUGCAAACGCCACUUUUGGAGAUUUGAAGAAAGCUCUUGCUCAGAAAACUGGGCUGGAGCCAAGUGAACAGAAGAUCUUGUUUAGGGGACAUGAGAAAGAGGAUACCGAACAGUUGCACGCUGCUGGUGUCAAGGACUCGUCUAAGGUUGUCCUUUUGGAGGACCCGAAAAAGAGAGAGGAAUGGGUUGAGAAGCAGCCAGAGGUAACUGAAGAGGUGGCAAAGGCUAUUGCUGCCAUUACCGCAGUCAGAGCAGAGGUUGAUAAGCUCUCGGAGAGGGUUGUUGCUUUAGAAGCUGCUGUUAAUGGAGGGACAAAAGUCGCAACAGAGGAGUUUGAUAUGUCUGCAGAGCUGCUCAUGAGACAGUUGCUCAAAUUGGACAGCAUUGAGGCAGAAGGUGAAGCUAGAGCACAACGCAAGGCCGAGGUAAGAAGGGUACAGAAGUUCCAUGAGAUUAUCGACGGACUGAAGGUGAAGAAUGCAAAUCCGUUUAUCGAUAAAAGCAAGGCUGCCGCUGUGACCACCGAGUGGGAGACGUUCGAGAAUGGUGUUGGAAGCUUAAACCCUCCUCCAACUGCUACUACUACUAGCAAGGUAACACAAGACUGGGAGAAAUUCGAUUGAAUUGAACUUUAAAAAAAGGGUUAUAUUAUCAGACAAUGUUAUAUUGUUAUUGAGCCGUGAUUCAUUUCAUGUUGGCUUAUUAUAGAUUUUGUUGAGAGAUCUUCUUUGGCUUGUAGACCCCCACCCACCCUCUUUUUUGUGUUCACUGGUGGAAAGGACUCUCAAACAGGCUUCUUCCUUCAUCUCUUCUUGCUUGAAUUGCAUUGUCUGGACUCUGGCCAUUGAACUUAGGGAUGGGCAUUAUUUAUAUUAUAUUUGGUUAUUCA